UCUCCUCCGCUUCACGUAAACAUCCUUUGCAAGGUUUCUCUCUGCAGUUGGUGAUGGGCACAAUUAAUGAUAAAUCAGAUGAUGAAUACUCAUAUGUUGGAGAUAAAGGGGAUAUUGGAUUUAUUGACUUUGAUAAUUGUCAAUCUGUUUGUAGCUAUAACCCUGCUGAGGAGAGUGAUAUAUUCCACAUUUCUGUCCCGUUUCAUCUAAUUGAAGGAGGAAAACCUCAAUCAGGAAUUGUUGGAGAAACAAUGUCUGAUUCGGUUACUAUAAGAAACACCUCCAAAGAGUCGUUAGAUCUCUGGUCUGUGAAGAUUUUUGACUCCAAACCUGAGGAUUCAUUUAAGAUUUCAUUAAUGAAGCCUCCCACAUCUGAUUCUGAUAUGGAGUACAUCCAAGAUUAUGUGGAAUUAGAUUCGUUAGAUGAGAGAGUGCUCAGACCAAAUCAGGCUCUGACUAUCUGGUUAUCCUGCAAACCAAAGGAAAUAGGCGUGCACUCUGCAGCUAUACACUUCAGCAUUGGCGAUGAGGUGAUCGAACGUCUCCUUUUCCUGCUGGCAGAAGAUAAGAUCUCCAAGUCUUUGUCUUCUUCAAGACCAUACCAAAGGCCUUGGAGAAAGAAACAUGAUAUUUUCAAUCCCCAUGCACCUGAUGCCGCAUAUGUUGCAGCACGACGCCCUUCUCAGGGUCGAGGUCGCCAGUUCAAAUUUCAACUGCCCAUGUAUUCUAUUCCAGAAGAAAUCCUCACCAUGUUAAGCAGGGGUGAGAUUCCCGACCCAGUCAAUGAGGGGCUAACACUAGAGAACUAUGGUGCAUUCUUCAAGAAUCUAUUAGCUAUGGAGGAGAUAAAGUUGGAGGAAGAUAUGCAGUCGUAUUACAUGGAGGGUGUCACCAUGAAGAGUAAGAGAGGGCGGCAGACGUUGUCUCUUGAGGUCCCGGGAUUGGCUGAGAAAAGGCCUUCACUUGUUACUGGCGACUACAUCUUUGCCAAGCUUUCUUUCGAUGAUGAAACUUCAAGAACUCGAUAUCAGGGCUACAUCUAUCGAGUGGAAGCUGAAAAUAUACUGUUGAAAUUUGAUCAACAAUUUCACCUUAGUCACAGAGAUGGUAACCUCUACAAUGUAGAGUUCAACUAUAAUCGGACAAAUAUGCGGCGGUUGUAUCAAGCUGUUGAAGCUGCUCAAUCUUUAGAAAGGAACUUUCUGUUCCCAUCUGCAAUGUCCAAGGUGAGACUGAGGGAAUACAAAGCACUCACACCUAUAUGUUCGAACCUGAAUGAGGAGCAAACUGUGGCUGUUAACACGAUCCUUGUCCGUAGAGGGGGCCCUCCUUAUGUCAUCCACGGCCCCCCGGGUACGGGUAAAACAAAGACUCUUAUUGAAGCUAUCCUUCAAAUUUACCGUGAAGAUAGACAUACCCGGAUUCUGGCCUGUGCACCUUCAAAUAGUGCAGCUGACCAUAUAUUAGACAGGCUGAUCAAUGAGGAAGGAGUUCAGGUUCGGGAGCAUGAAAUCUUUCGGCUUAAUGCAUACACGCGUCCUUUUGAGGAUGUCAACCCCAAUCACAUCAGUUUUUGCAGUCACGAGGAUGGCAUCUUUAUGUGUCCUCCGUGCAAACUCCUUGAGCAGUACAGGAUCAUCGUAUCUACGUACGCAAGUGCCUCAAUUCUAUAUUCAUCAGGCAUUCAGAGAGGUCGAUUUUCCUACAUUUUCUUAGACGAGGCUGGCCAAGCUUCUGAGCCAGAAGCUAUGGUUCCUAUAUCACAUCUGUACUCAAGAAAUACCGUCUUGGUUCUUGCGGGAGACCCUAUGCAGCUGGGACCUGUAGUUUUCUCUACAGAAGCUGAAGUACAUGGACUUGGCACUUCAUAUCUGGAGAGACUUUUUGAGUGUGACCUCUAUCGUGGAGGAGAUACUAGUUUUAUGACAAAGUUGGUGAGAAAUUAUCGGACACACGAGGCAAUACUGAAACUCCCUUCAGAAAUGUUUUAUGCUGGGGAACUGAUCCCAUGUAAAGAUAAAAAUUCCCUAACUUCCUGGGAAGGCAUAAUUCCAGAUAAGGAGUUCCCUUUGCUUUUUAUAGGCGUUCGAGGCUGUGAUGAAAGAGAAGGAAGUAAUCCAUCUUGGUUUAACAGGAUUGAAGCAAGCAAGACUAUUGAGAUGAUUAAAGUUUUGAUAGAAGAAAAAGGGAUCAAAGAGGAAGAGAUUGGGGUUAUUGCACCGUACCGGAAGCAGGUAAGCAAAAUAAGAGAAGCUCUUGAAUGUCGUGGCAAUCCGAAUGUUGAAGUUGGAAGUGUCGAGCAGUUCCAGGGACAAGAGAGGGAAGUCAUUAUAAUCUCUACUGUCCGUUCUACUGUGAAACACAACGAAUUUGACAAGGUUCAUUAUUUGGGAUUUCUGAGCAACCCAAGGAGGUUUAAUGUUGCUGUUACCCGAGCCAAAUCUUUGAUCAUAAUUAUUGGGAAUCCUCACAUAAUUUGCAAGGAUCCAAACUGGAACAAGCUCUUGUGGUACUGUGUGGAAAAUAACUCGUACAAGGGUUGCUUCCUUCCUAAACAAGAGGAAGAGUCCGAACAGGCUGAGGGAGAGUACCAGAGUUAUUACGAUGGAAAUAAUCAGCCAUCUGGGUCAAAUUGGGAUGAUCAAGGAGGAGGAUGGCAGCCUUCUCAAGGUCAAUGGGGCGAGGACGUUGGCUGGACACGAUCGGAUGUUCCUUUGGGCGAAGAAGAAAAUAACAAUAUCCAGCCUUCAGAUGUUCCUUGGGGUGAGGAAGAAAACAGCAAUGUCCAACCAUCUGAUGUUCCUCGGGUUAACGAAACCAGUCUCCAGUCUUCCAAUGUUCCUUCUUGGGGCAACAAAGAUGACUUUCACAAUACCGAUGUGCCAAGGGAGUAAAGUUCGCUAAGUGAGAGCAAAGGAGUUUCUAGAGAUGAAUAGGACCAAGAUCAUUGAUGCAUUCUGACAUUUUCUCCUAUUAAUCAGAUGUACAUUUCACGCAUUGUCACAAUUCUUGCCAUGAAUCAGAUGUACCAUUCAUGUAAGGGACAAGACAAGAUAUCAAUUCACAUCCUCUAUGCAAAUCAAAGCACCUCAGCUAUUUUUGGAUGGUUGAAAGAUGAACAUGCAAAAUAAGGAACUUAGCACAACCCAGUGCAGCCAGCAGAUGUUGUGUAUAGCUGACGAUUGGGCUGCUUGAUAAGGCAAUCCAUCUGCAAGCUGUUCAGUCGAAGGACAAUCGCUUGAUUCCUGAGAGGGCU